CAAGAAUGUAUUUAUAGACCAAUGAUAAAACAGACACAUGCACUUGUGGAUAUGUGGAGUUAUUUUUUGGCUUGGACAAGUUAGAAUAUGACCUUCUGACAAACAGCUGGAACAGCUCGCUGUACUGUCUGCUGGAUAACAAUGAGCUCUGAUCAUAUUGAGAUGUCUUGUAUUGGAGGCUGCUGGCUCUCUAAUGUGACCAUUGUUAAUCAUUACUGUUUAGAUGUGUCCUGUUCUUAAUUAUAAUGAUCAGUUUGGGCUGACUCUGGUUUCAGAUGAAUAUUGCUCUCCUUUUAAAAUAUAGGAGAGGUAUUUAAACACAUGACACAGCUUUAACUUUUUUACUAAAGCCCCAAAUGAACGGUGUUCCAUUUUUGGGCUUAAUGUUCAUCAUAUUGUAGGGUUAGGUUGUUGGUAUUCAUACUUUGAGUUACCACCUACCUUCUCUUUAGGGUCUACUCAAAACACAGAGACCAGAUAGACAUGACCACACAAAUAACUGAACGCUAUGAGAGCAAUAAAAUAAAAACAGACUGAUAAAUAGAAUGUUGUAAUUCUACUUUGAGUUACUCGGUGUUAAGAACGGAAAACGAAUUGCUGGACCGACAGCUUUACUGGAUUAGAAGGUUCAUUGGGCUAAAGAACUCCCACACACAGGAGGUGUUCCUGUAUAUUGACAGAAUAAGGGAUACUACUGUAUGUCAUGUAAGUAGAUGCUACUGUUCUGCACAACAGGAACACUGGCACACAUGAGGGGGUGUUAGAGGAAACUGAUCCAGAGCUUCAGUAAACUCUACCUACACGGUCUGACUUACCAACAUUUCACCGUUCUCUUUAUGGUCGAUCACAUAAUUCCCCAUAAUCCAGGAUGUAUUUAAACUAGUAGCUCAACUUGAUUUUGCAGUAGCUUGCUUGCUGGUUCAGCUUAAUUUAUAUUUGCGCAGUGAUUCAAGAAAUGAACUUGUUUUAUUAUUUGUGUAAACUACCACAAACAAUUUGGGGCCCUAAAAAGUAAGUAUUUAAACCUCCUUUGAGCAGCCCCGUCCCCUUUUCUUUCAAUGCAUUUGUCAGGCAGCCACCACCACACACUUGACCAUUCACCUUUGUGUAGCGCCUUCAUGUGCAGAAGACGGUGACGCUCCUGCGAGCUCCACUGUCAAAACCUAGAGUUUUACACAGGAGUAAAUGUUAUUGGUAUCAUAUUUUGUUAUAAUUCCGAAUCACAUGUAAAUUGUCAAGUGAAUAAUUAAACUACUGUUUCUCAGUGGCUUUAUAAACCAAAGUGGAUUUGUCAGAGCGCUUUACUGCAGUUCAACUUCUUCCAGUGUGCAGUGAGUGGUAGCUUGCUAUGCUGGAGCUGCAUGUCUUCCUGGUAAUUCUGCUUAAAACGUCUCUUCAACUGCAAAAUGAAUAGUUCCCUAUUAAAAUAUGUUUUCAUAAAUCAUCAUAAGUCCCCUCUGAAUUGUACAAGAUGUUUUCUUAGUUUCCAGCACCAUACCUUUUGAAAGUAUUUUUAUUAUACCUAAACUUGGAGUGUACUUUUGCAAUGCAAUGCAGUGAAGUAAGUCAAAUGUAUUUAUAAAGCGCUUCUCACAGACAAAAGUCACAAAGUGCUUAACAGAGCAGUGAAGCCCCUCUGAUGGACACAGCUGGGUGAAAUGAAGUGAUGGAACUAAAGACUGUAGACAGCAGCAUGCGGUGUCCCGUCUCUGUUUACCUAUCCUUCAGUGUUGUACACAUUUUUUGGGUCAAACAGGUCAUGCAGCAGAGCCUCUAGACCAACUCCUGGUCCAGGGCUCAACACAAGCUCUGAGUCUCCUAUGGUGUUUAGCUUAUGGUUCAGCAGCAAAAACCUCAUUAGAGAAGUUGGAGGAGGUGCAGACUCAAGCUCUGACACUUUGUUGUGGUGCUUUCAGAACAUCCCCUGUGUCUGCUCUUCAGGUUGAGGUGGGUGAAAUGCUUCUACAGGUAAUGAUGAACUACUGGGCAAAUCUUCAAGAGCAUUCUGAAGAUCUUGAUCAGCUACUUCUCCCAUGUUGUGAGAGAAGAUACAAACAGUACCGUUACCAGUUACACCACCCUGGCUGUUUCCAUAUGCGUCAAUCCAUUUUUAUAUUCUGGAACAAAUGCAGAUUCAUAAGAUUUUACCUGAAGGAGGACAUCCCAACUAUCCGAGAGGAGGACAUCCCAACUAUCCGAGAGGACAUCCCAACUAUCCGAGAGGACAUCCCAACUAUCCGAGAGGAGGGCAUCCCAACUAUCCGAGAGGAGGGCAUCCCAACUAUCCGAGGACAUCCUCACUAUCCGAGAGGACAUCCCAACUAUCCGAGAGGAGGACAUCCCAACUAUCUGAGAGGACAUCCCAACUAUCCGAGAGGACAUCCUAACUAUCCGAGAGGACAUCCCAACUAUCCGAGAGGACAUCCCAACUAUCCGAGAGGAGGACAUCCUCACUAUCCGAGAGGACAUACUAGAGGUAAUAAAACACUGCGCUUCGUAAGUAAACAUCCUACAGGAUGAACAAUGUCAGGAAGAGGAAUAAACAGAGCAUGUAAUUGUACAAUGCAAAGUACGAGAACCAGAACAAGUUCAGGAAAUCAGAGGAACGGAGUCUAAAACAUGUAUUUGACAUCGGGUUAGGGAGAAUAUUCCAAUAUCUGAAAAAAGAAAAGUUUUUUGUUGUGUUUUCUUUUAUUAGUCUGUUUGUUUGGUAAAUGGGUUGGAAAAGUCUAGUUCACACUCCAACAUAGUGGAGCUAAUUCUGGUUGCCACCCGCCAUAAAACCGAAAAAGAGACAGAGAAAGAAUGCGGAAGUGGAAUUUUCUCUUGACUCAGGACUUUAUCUACGUAACCAAGGUGACGCUAGCUUUGAGGAAAAUGGCCCCAGCGUGGAAAACAGCUAGCUGACCGAGCUAACGGUAGCUGUGUGAAAUGGGCCACACGGUUAAUAUUCUGUCAAACCUGUCUGAAUACAGAGAACGCUAUUUAAGGUAGUCAAUGUGAACCAUUUAACUUGUAUUUAAAUCCCUAUCACUAGCAUGUUUACUGACGAAGCCCUGGACCCCGUGAGUGUCCGCUCUCUGUGGAGGAGAUCUCAGCAGGCGGAGCAGGAGUCGAGAGGCUGUCAGACCAGAGCGGUGCACAGUGCUGAGGCAGAGGUCCAGACCCAGUGGGCUACCAUCAGCUGUACCCAAACAGACCCACAGUAUCAGGCCAAAGAGCAGCUCCUCCAGCAAAGCCACGACGAGCUGGAGCCGCCCGGCCUGAAGGACUUCCUGCAGCGGGUUGAGGACACGGUCAUCAGAGAGUUGGUCAGAAAUGCCAGGAGUCACGCCUUUGAUGAGUUCCAGGUGAACUGGGAAGAUCAGAAUCAGCUAGUUUCCUGCCUCCAUUGCCUUCAACAUGCCAGUGCACAAGAGAGAGGUCUUCAUGUAACUAGUGUGUCCUGGAGUUGUACGGGUUCAGUUAUUGCAUGUGCCUACGGUCGGAUUGACGAUGGCGACUGGAGCACUGAGAGGUCGUGUGUUUGUACGUGGAACCUGGACCGUCGCAGUCUGAAUCCCAAACAAGCGGACCUGGUCAUAGAUGUUCCCACUGCAGUCACCGCUCUGUGCUGUCAUCCCAACCAGCCCGCCCUCAUAGCAGGGGGUCUUUACAGUGGAGAGGUGGUGGUCUGGGACACCAGUCAGACUCAGGACCCUGUGCUGGUCCAAACUGGGAUGUCAGCAGACAGCCACAGAGAGCCCGUUUAUCAAGUCGCCUGGGUGCCCCUGCAGAAGAAAGGAGAGUUUGGGGUGCUCAGUGCUUGUUCAGGAGGACGGGUGCUGCUGUGGACGGUGGACUCAGACCGGGGAAGCUUUGUCCUGAAUGCUGGCUACGCCUUAGUGCGACAGCAGGUUCCUCACAGCAGCAACACCAGCUUCAAGGCCCGAGGCAGCAGCACUGUGGGUGUCACCUCCCUGGCUCUGUCCCCCUGGGACCCAGACACCUUCUUGGUGGGCUCUGAGGGCGGCCUGCUGCUCAGAUGCUCCUUCUCCUCCCAGACGCCGGCUGCUGCCCCCUCUGAAGGCCACAAUGUGACACUGAGAGCCCCGUCGGUCUUCCUGUUUAGGCCCUGCAGCGGCCCCGUGCACUCCAUACACUGCUCCCCUUUCCACAGAAACCUGUUUGUGAGUGCAGGGACUGAUGGUCUGGCCCACGUCCACUCUCUGCUGCAGGUCAACCCGCUGCUCUCUCUCAGGGCUUCAGACUCCUACGUGUUUCAGGUGCAGUGGUCUCCAACCAGACCACUGGUGUUUGCAGCAGCCACCGGACAAGGUGAGGUGCAGAUAUUCGACCUGGGCAGCAGGUCCCUGAGGCCAGCAGCCACCAUCGAGCAGGGCGGGGCGGGCCAAGCUGCAACGUGUUUGGCCUUCAACAGUCAGAACCCUCACCUCUUGGCAUUGGGGAAAACUAAUGGGACGGUCUGCAUUUGGCGGCUGAGCCAUGAUUUGACGGAGCAGAGCCCCAGAGAGAGCAGCCAGCUGGAGCAGCUAGCCAAUCAGGUGGCAGAAUGAGACGUGUUGACAUGGGACAGCUGAAGACUGCUGCAUAGCCACUACUCUGUGAACUGUGUUUUGAAAAAUAAAAAUGUGAAAUCAAAACAGUAGAGGUUUCCAGUUCUAACCAGUAGCGUUUAUUAAAGCACACUGCAGUUGGUAACAUCAUCACUGUUACUAUUAGGUUCUUAAAUGCAUUGAAAGCACAAGCUAAAACAAUGACGUUCCAAUGUAGACAGAUCCACUAUGCUAUGAUGAGAAGCACAACGAGUUAAGGGUAGAGCGAGAUAAAUAGAGAGUACAGACAGUUAUUAGUGAGUAUUCCUAGUGGCACAAUCAUGCACUUUCAGCUGCGUGUUCGUAUUGAAGUGUGUGGGGAAACGCGUCCCGAUUGGUCCCUGGUGGACGACGGAUCAGUUGACGAAGAGCGAGCGGGUGAAUUCAACAAAGUCGAAAGCUGACGGCAGCUCUCGGCCCUUGCUGUCGAGAUAGGGCUUCAUGUGUGAGAGGCAGUAGUCGGCCUGCUCCUUGCUCAGGUUCUGAAAGGGAGAAGGGGACAGUUAGACCUCCACGAAGACUUGGCACUCAGACUGAAUCCAGACUAACAAGUGAACACAUCGGACCUGGUAGAGCUCUUCUUUAGUGACGUAGGGUUUGUUCUCUGUACUGAGAGCCCGGAAGGCGCUCUCAAUCUCCUCACUGGACUUGACGUUCUCUGUCUCGCGGCUGAUCAUGAACGCCAUGUACUCCUGCAACGACACGUUGCCAUCCCUGCAGACAGAUCCCUCAUAGUUAGGCAGCGAAUGUGUGUUAAAUACCAUACCGCCAUGCUACACUUUACAUCAAUGUAAGUUCCUGGACAUGUGACGGACCUGUUUGGAUCCACGGUGUCAAGUAUGGCCUCAAACUCCGGAUCAGGUUCUCCUUCCUCCACCAUGGGCAGGUCAUAGCCUAGCGAGCGCAGACACGACUUGAACUCUUGGUGGUUCAGACGGCCGGACUUCUCCUUGUCGAAGUGCCUGCAAAUGUAGAUGUGUAGAUGAGGACGCGACUUCAUCAGACCAGAAAUAGAAACAUGUCCUGAUGAAGUCAGCUCAAAGCCACUUACUUGAACAUCAUGCUGAACUCCUUCAGGGCCUCCUCUGUCACUCCAGUGGUGUUCCUGAAAGAUGAAGAGCGAGGAACAUGAGCUUAAAGCAGCAACACGUUUCUUACAUUUGGCAACACUGUAGCUAAAGUGUGUCUGAUAAACUCAGUGACAUAAAGUAACUGGGACCAUGUGUUGCUGUGUACCUGGCCUGUAUCUGUUGCUCCAGGUUGUGCUGCAUCCUCAUUCCCAGCUGGUCCAGUUGGUCCCACUGCUGGGCCAGGCCCACUGUGCUGUGCUCUGUGUACUUGUUGUCCAAGAUCAGUGCUUCCUCCAUAGCUGCACCCAGGUCUUCAAUCUUCUUCAGCUGGCUGCGCAUGGCACGGAUCUCCUGGUGCUUACGCUACAUAUAACACACACACACACACACACACAUAAAAUACAUCAACAACAUUAUACCUCAGCUCAGAGUUCAGCUAACUCAGCUAUCUUGGUGUUCGGCUACUUGUCCACAUGCAGCAGAGUGAUAUUUACCUUAGUGGCCUCCAGCUGGGACUCCAGGGUACCAGAUUCUUCCACCAUACACGACCUGACGCCAACAGAAACUGAUGUUAGGAAGGGAGCAGCACUGUGUGAUAAAACCACUGCACUCACUGACAUUAUUAAGAAGACUCCAACCAGUAUUCCCAGAGAAGUAGACCUGUUCUGCUGUCUAUACGGCCAGAGUGAAGCUGCAUUCAUGCCAAAUAUCUACUGGUAACCCAAACCAUGCAAGGUUAGGGCUACUGCACACAGGGAUGGAAACUGCAGCAGUCACUUUUGUGGAGCAGCAGAUGAAUGGUGCACCCUGCAGUCACUGCACACAACACCAUCUCAUUCACAAAGACCCAGUGGGACCAAAUACCACCAAAAGUUGCUUUUGUAUUGUUUAGAAUGUGUGUAUAUGUACAGUUUCCAUCCCUAAAGUACACAGAGUAAACAAGGUGACACCUAGCCAGUCCACUGUUUGAAGUAGAGCUGACUGCAGCCUGCGUGAAUGUUAGUACAGCAGCUCACAGACAUGAUGGCACUGCGUGGGUCAGAAAAAGCAAAAGAAAAUAGAGCAAUGCUUGAAAGAGGUUGACCUUCCAGAAAGAUCAUCAGCUACUUGGUACUGAUAGACACAGAUAACCCGUCGAUAGGCAAAGAGAGGAUGGGGAAGACCAGAGAUUAAACAGACAGAAAGAAUGGAGCAGAAACACAGCGAAUGCUCAGACUGACGCUGCAAGGUUUACUUUCAUCAGCAGUUUUCACACCCAACACUCAUAACACAAAUACUAAAGAGAAAAGUGAUACUAACCCAUCCAGAAGAUAUGUCCUGAUUACAAGAAGCAGCCAAGAGAGAGCGGGAGAGAAACAAAUACAGGUUAGCAUGACAAAGACCAGUGUGAACAGUGCUCAGUAGGUUUCAUGACUUGACUUUGAAAAUGGAGAUAAUGUUCUAAUAUGACGUAGGUACAAGAGACCAAACACUUGACCAGUAAAAGGCCUGCUGUGUGCUGAGCUUAUUCAGCCACUUUACACAGACAAACACUGCCCAAAGUUUGAAGGUACUUUCACAUACUCCAUAUUAUCAGAGUAUAAAAUGUGAAAUCUAGUAAUUCAACAGCAGUCAGUGUCUGCAGCAUGUCCCCCAUGUGUGCAGCAUGUCCCCCAUGUGUGCCACUGUACCUGGUCUCCUGCAGCCACUGGUGAAAAGCAUUUGCGUGCUGCGCAAACUCUUGACGCAACUUGUCGUUUUCUUCUUGCCUCCUCUGCUCCUUCUGCAGCUCCAGCUCUCGCUCCUACAAGAACAUGUACAGACAGAGAGAAGCAGACUCCAUCAGCUCCACUGCACUGGGAAUAGAAAUAGAACAAAUAAUGACAAGCUAGCCGUAAACACUCCAGGCACUGCUGCGUCCAUUUACUACUAAUCAUGAAGACUUGGGGCACAAUUUACACUUCCUAAAAAAAAUAAUUUUAUUUCUGUUUAAUUAAACUAAUCCCAAUUCUUUGUAUCAAAUCAACCACUGAAGUGGUGCUCCCAGUCACUGGAAGUGUACCUGCCCUCCUGCAGACUGAUGUCUGAUAUUAUCUGGCCAAUAAAGAUUCUGAUUUGCAGGUUCAUAUAACAGGUAAAAAUAAUUCAUAUUUUAAUUUAUAAGUAAAAAUGGAUUAGUGUGCAAAAUACACAGGAAAUAAACUAAAAAGAAAUGGAAAUAAUAAUGUUGCGUUUCCCCUUUACCUGUAUCUUUUAUUAAUCUACAGUUAUGCGAUAACUUUGUCGGUUUGAUUUCAGGCGUGCCCUGUUGAGCAUCCUUAUGGUCACUUUGACUAAUGGCCAAACUGAAGUAACGAAUGAGAGACGAUGAAGGGAAGUGAAUGAAAGCUCCGUAAAGAGAUAGUAAGCAGCCCGUCCAUGAUCAAAACCAGAGCCUCAGCAGUAGCCCGUGUAUCGGACUACAGAUCAGGGACGGAUCUAGAGAUAAUGGCCGACAAGUACACUUAUCUUUGCAGUUGUAAUCUUAGGGAUGAACAGAUUGGAUCCAUCCAGUCUGCACUGGCCACAUCUCUGACUGUAAGUGGAUUGAGUGCUGCACAUUGCUGUGUGAAGCUACUACUGAUACCCAUCACUUUGUGCAUGUACUUCACAAUAAACUCAUAUUAUUGUGAAGACAUGAAGUCAUAUGGUUUUUAAUAUAGUACAUGGAUCCAAACACAGGAUAAGUCCCUUUUCCCUCAGUUGUCCUGUGGACACACAGAGGACAGAGAGUCCACUCUGAUCCCCUUUCAGUCAGCAGUUGACUCAUUGCAGGAAGUGUUUCUCAUUUCCAAAAAACAGAGCACUGGUAUCAGAAUCAGUCUUGGCAGAUAAAAAGUCAGCUUGCAUUCCUGAACUGAAGUCCUGCAGGACUCAAGUCACUUUAUCUGGUCUGCUGACAUGACGGGUAAGAGCUCAGACUUGGAGAGGACGGGUUUGUUGGCUUAGAGGAGAACAUGAAUGAAAACAUUAGCAGGUUGUGUUUGUGAAUAAGAAUGUGUGUGAAUGCAUAAAUCAUCUUUGAUGUGGAGACCUUGAUGAUCUUCUGCAGGUUUCUCCAGGUCUCCUCCAGGGCCUCCAUGGUGAACCAGGUGUAGGGGUUGGACACCACCUGGUAGCUCUUGAUCUGCUGGUCCAGCUCGGCCAGCUGGUUGAAGUCGGCCUGAGCGGAGCUCAGCGAGGAACGGAAGGCCUCGUGGGCUUCACGCAGUGCCCGGAUCUCCUCCAGAGAGUUGCACCUAACCGGGUCCGUCAGAUCCUCCUCUGCAUUCUCAAACCAGCUGUUGAAAGCUGAUGCCUUUUUGGCGAAUGUCAGGAACAAGUCCUCAACCUGUGAAGAAGACAUGAUCCUUUAAACAAGUCCAAUUUACUUAUAUCAGCUUAGCUUUGGUGAAAUGCUUCAACUAUAUUUAAGCUUUGAUUUUGUGCACAAAAAUGUUGAGAAACCUCUACCUUUCUGAAGUGCUCUUGAGCCUCCAGAAGCUUCUUUUUGCGAGCAGCUGAGUUGGACAGCAGCUGGUUCCAGCGCUUAAUCAAGGCGGCGUGACGAGCUUCAAUGGCUUUUGAUUGGACGUGCUUGGCGGCCAGCAGCUGGUCCUUGAGAGCCGUGAUGUUGGUGAUGCCCUCCUGCUGGAAGGCCUGGAGACCGGCAUCAAACGUCUCCUGCAGACGGACACAUAAAAAAGAGGUUUCCAACGGAGAGAGUAACACAUUACAGAGGUAAAAGUAGAAUACUGCUGCAAAAGAGUACCUGCUUGGUGAGCAGAGUCUGGACAGAGGACAGGUCUCUGCCGUAGUCAUCAGUCUUCAGGCUGUUCUCUUUCUCACCUAAACACAGAUUCAGAAAUGUUAGCGAUAAUGUCUCCACACACACACACACACACACACACACACACACACACACACACACACUUUGAGAAUGUGCAUUAUAUGGCCUCCAGCUGGCUGUUUCUCUGCGCACACCUCUGCAUUGAGCUUUACGUGUUCAUUAUUUACAGAGUUGAAUUCUUAAGGAGCUAGAACAUAACAUUUGCUAAAUAAAAUCACAAAAACAACAGACAAUGGACUCCAUUACAAUUACAUUAAAGCAAACCUGUGUAAUGACGCAUUAUUAGAAAACCUGCUGGAACCUCUUCUGGAAAGUUCCUUUUGCUUUUCUUAAAUACAGAAAUGAUGGAAUAAAUCAACUGCUUUAAAGAAUGUGAAAUGAUGGUGGUGAAGAUGUCAUGAGCAGGAAUCUUCUUCUGGCUAUGGCUAACAAGUCACGGUAGUAUUGUUUGGCAGCAGGACUAUGGAUUCAGAUUUCUUUCUACAAUUUAUAAUACCAGUCUACAAUGAUAUUAAUCUUCAGAACAACCGUUACAACUCGUUAGAGUGAAUAUAUUGUAGUUUUCUAGUUGUAGAAAAAACACCUAGUACAUCCAGUAUGUAGAAAACCAAUAGAAGUCACUUAUUUUGGAACACUGCUCUUAUGGAAAAAGGAAGAGAGACGUGGUUAUGUGUGCGUACCGAUCCAGGACUCCACCACGUCGGCCUUCCAGUUGAACUGCAGGAAGGCAGAGUUCUCAUCCAGCUUGGCCUUCCUCUGAGCGGCUGCCCUCUCCAGCUCAGACACUUUGCCUCGCAGAGCCGACAUCUUGGCACUGAUGUUGUCUAUGUGAUGGUUGUU